GUGGCGCCCUUUCAUCAAAGAUGGCGCCAAGCUGAGACCACUCGCACCAUUGCAUUGAAAUGAGUAGGAGGACUGUAAUUUCGUUCACAGUUUUAUUUGUGAUCCUACUGGACCGUAUUGGAUAGAUUGAGUGUAUAAUAGUAGCGACAAAUAUUGCUGACUCACGAUGUCUAGUCGGAGCAGAAAGAGAAAACGAACUGCCACAUCAGAGGUUGCAGUGGAAGAGGCAACGUCAACAAGACGAGAAACCAAAACCUCUGAUGAAGACGAUGAGAUGACACAAGAUAUCCCAACCGCUCGUCCAAGCCGCAACAGGAGGAAAUCAGCUAAACUAGCAGAAGCAGAAGACAGCGUGAAGUCACCCAGUGAGGAACCACGAAGACUUGGCGUGAUCUCUCUCCAUCAUGAGAAAGGAGGGAAGAAAGACUCUGGCGAUUCCUGGACGAUUACCUCCUCCAGUAAGCCUAGGAGAAAGCGGGCUCCUUCAAAAUACGAUGAUGAUGAAGAAGAAGAGGUGGAAGAAAAGGAGGAAGAAAAGAGCCAAUUACUUCACCUCGUCAGCAAAGGCAAACAACAAACAAUUAAAAUCAAACCACUUCAUAAACCAGAACCUGAGGAGAAACCAACCUCCUCGAGGUCUGCCAAGAAGUCCCAGCAGAAGGCUUUACCCCCGGUGGCUAUCAAGGAGGACAGCGGGAUUAAACUGAAGCUCAUCUUGUCUCCAAAGGACAAAGGGAAAGACAGUCCAGAGGCGGUAGCCAGUGUGGCAUCCAAAGACAAACGAUCAACUUCCAGGGGGAGAUCUGGGAAGUCCUCCACGAAGGAUAAAGACGAGCCCACGAAGGCCAAGUUUGUAUUCGGGGACCAGGUGUUGAGGAUGGAGGGGGAUAAGAUCGUACUGGGACAGAGUAAGAAACGCAAACAUGGCGACACGGAAGCCGAAUUGUCUGAUUCUCCAGUAACAAGCAAAGGAGGCAAGAAGAGGAAGACAGCUCCGACAGAAGAAGAACAGGCAACACCCAAAAAGGCCGGGAAGUCGACGCCGGGGAACAAAUCAGCUUCAAAAGUUGAAACUAAGGCCGCGUCUUCUGAUAAGUCUUCUAAAGGAAGUUCUAAGAAUUCCAAAAAGACUCCGGACAAAUCAGGUCAGGGGAAGAGUGACAAUAAGAGCAAGACAAAGCCUCCCGAGGAAACGAACAGCCAGUCCUCGGACACAUCCAAAGAUGACAACAAAUCAAAGAAAAAGAAGGCCAAAGCUGUUAAAGCAGCAGCCAACUUCAAUUUGCUGUCACUUGACGAGUCAGUGGAUGAUCUAGUCAUUGAUGAACCCCAACUUGAGUCUUCCAAGAAAAGUAAAUCCGACAAAACGAAGCCGGACAAGAAGAAGAAAUCCAACGACUCGGACUCCUCGCACAAAAGCAAGAAACACAAGAGCAAAGAGGUCAAGAAACACAAAGCGAAGUUUAUCAACACGGGCACCAAGAAGCCCGGCCGUAACGUGGGACUAGAUCCCGUGACAGCAUCGCAUAUGUUUGGUCAAUUCGACGGCAUGCCUCCGCAACCUCAGUCCAGUCUGGAGGGACCGGGUCUUGACGACGAGAGUUUCUUCAUGGCCGGCAACGAUGCCACCAUUCCCUCGUUCCCCGAGGCCAUGGGUAUGCCCGAGCUGGGCUUCCCAAGCACUUUCGGAAAGAGCGUCAAGAAAAAGGACUCCAAGAAAUUCAGUAAGAAGGGCGAGAAGGACAAAAGGAAAAAGAAGAAAAAAGACAAACUGAAGAAAGAUGAAAAAUCUAAGAAGCCACUGUCAGCAUACAUGUUAUGGUGCGGGCAGACGAGACGUAAUGUAGUGGCCCAGAACCCAGGACUCGAUUUCUCCGGUAUCAGCAGGAUGAUGGGUACGCUGUGGCAACAACUCCCUGAGAAGGAGAAACAAGUCUGGUACAGCAAGCAGCGUCUUCAGCACGUCAAGCAUAAGAACGUCCCCAGCUUGUCCAAGCAGAAAUUCCGACGGUCGAGUUCCUCUGGGAAAGGUUCGAGGUCGCCCCACGGGAGCCCCGUCCGCCAUUUCUCCCCCCGGACUGAACCGAUUGACAGUGCUGCACACCUCAAACUGCUCGGGGAAUCGUUGUCGUUGGUUGGCGACCGGCUGCAAAACCAUGUCGGUCAGGUGGAAAUUCACGGUAGUCUGUCCGUCCUGCUGGACUCUACGCUGUGCUGCUUGGCUCCGCUGAUGUCACUGACCAGUCAGGUGCCGGAGCUAAACAGCAUCAGUAAGGAUACCAUAGCCUCAACAAUGGACAACAUAGCCUAUAUCAUGCCUGGUCUGGGUUGAUUGCUACGUGUUGCAAUGGAUAAUACACAGGUACAGGCUAGGUAAAGUGGAACAAGUGCAUGCAGGUGUCGGGCAAAGCCAGAGUUACACGGGUUUGAAUUCAGCAUUCCAGUGACACGCAGAUGAUAUAUUCUUCUCUGACAAUUACGGCUUCCCUUUUUAUUUCUAUGGUUCUCAUAUUUUUUUUGCUUCUAAAUUUGGUUGGUCGUUUGGUAACAAAAUAAAAAUCCUGACAAAAGAAUUGCAGUUGCACCCGUGUGGAUGGCUAAAUUAAAUGAUGCCAAGUGCGUAUUGCCUCUAGUUUUGUUUACUGCAAUGAGAUUAUCAUGAGGUGAUAUUACUGAACAAAAUAAUAAAACCAUCAUUGGCAAGAUGUAGUUGACUUACAUUAUAUGUGCACCAUCCAUCUCACUAACGUUUUGGCUGUAGUGGCAGCCAUGACAUACCAGUAAAAGUAAACUAUAGACCCCUAAUAUGAUGAGAGGCAACAUCCUCUCAUCUUCUUGGUAAAUUUGGAAUUGUUUUCCAUUUCUUCUCAUAACACAGAGCCUGAUUGCCUGAAUUUUGUAUUCCUUUUUUUUUUUCUUCAAAUGUUAUUUUGUUUGUUGGGUCGGCAGAAAUAAUUUAUUAAUUUUUUUCUUGGGUCAGGAACCCAGAAUAGGGUCUGUCGGAACUGAGAACCACAGAAUAAAAAUGGAUGCCCUUAGAAUAAAGUUCUACAUGUGAAACAAUAAGCCUCUGUACUGAUGACGUCAAACUUUGUUUACCUGUGCUUUUUUCUAUGGGGCUAUGAAACCGUCCCCACCAGGCUCCCAACACGUGAGAGGUCGACUGUUGCAGUCAUACUUCAGUGCUUAAAAUUGUUCUCUGCUUUCGCAAAAUGUUCAGUGGCCAUUGAGCUAAAACUUUCACUGCCAAAGUGGUUAUGUAUUCUGCUUAAGAUUUUGAGGAAUUUUGUUGCUUCAAAGAAAAUAGGCAAAUGAUUCUACAUAAUUUGAGCUUAACAUCAUGACUCAGUUAACUCUAAAGCAAAGAGUCUUCAAUAACUUGAAGCAUGUGCUUAUCCUGUUACUAAGAAUUCUGUGCUUAAUGCUUGUAGGAAUUUUGAAGAAUUUGUGCACUAUAAAAAAAGGAAUCUAAGAUCAGAAGAGCCAUGAUAUUGGGAUGGAGGGUUACCCCCAGCAUUGGUCCCAUGCCUUUUGAGUUUUUGUAGAAAUUCAUGCACUCUUCUGUGAAGUUGUGUACUGUAUUAUGUGUGUACAGUUUGAAUUUUAGUUGGCAUUAGUUAUCGCAUUUUUAAAUCUGGAUCUCGACACAAAAAUAGAACUGUGUACAUAAUUUUAAACUGUUACAUUGUCAAGUUUGGCAUUUUGGGGUAUUUGGGGACAGAGUACGUCACACUUUGGAAGUUAGUUUUCAGCCGAAACUAAUAUUCAUUUCAUGGUCUUUUAUGUCAUUUUAAAAAACUUUUUAAAUUUGUUUGUAUCUGUUUCGGAAUGAAUGAUUGACGGUUUUCUUGGAUAGAUUGUAAACGGCAAUUAGAUAGUUUUCAAAGUCUGCUGAAACAACAUCAAGUUUCUUGUACAUUAUCUGUAAAAAAAACCCCAACAAUUAGGUAAUGAAAGUUGUUUUCGGGCUUAGUGCUAGAAUAAGUGUAGUCAUUCACAAACCUCCGCAACGAGGUUUAUGUUGGAGUUUGUUCUUAACUUUCCUUCUUAUGGACCACAAAGAAUUUGCAUCCAAAAUGUGACUGAAAGUUAUUGCCUCUUUUUGAAAAUCGUUACUAAAGUCACUUAUCUGCAAUAAAUUUCAAUACUUGUUCAUUCAAUGUUUGAUCUAAUUUUUUUUUUAUGAGAGUCGCCCAUCUCAAGGCUCUUAAGGGCAACUCAAUGUAAGAGCUACACAAAGAAGGGAUAGAAAAGGAAUUCUAAGAAAGAGAAAAAACACUUCAAGUAGAAAGAUGAGUAUUGACGUUGCAUUUGAACUGGGACAGAUCAUAAGCCCCUAAAAAAAAAAGAUACAGGUCAGGAGUUGCGUAGUGAGGCAGUGCAUGGGAAGAAACUGGAUGAAUAAUUUCUAGAAUAUAUCCACUACAGUGCCGUUUACCCAUUACAGCACGGUCAAGGUUAAGAGAAUUUGUUUGGAGUUUUUGUUUUUGUCCUGCCAUCUUUCCAUUUCCUUCAUUCAAUUGGACAUACAUAACAAGUGUACAUAUACAUGUAAAUAUUAUCUUGUUUUUACAUUUAUAAUAGAACUGUACUUUGUAAAUAGUAACAAAUAUGAACUUCUGAUGGUCCCUUUUUCUCUGGACAUUGUAUAUAAAUGACUCAAGGCAAUGAA